UUUUUACCAGUAUGUGAACAGAAGGUUAACUGUAAACUCCCGGAUUGUUUUUGCAGCACAUUCAAGCAUCCUCUUGACCCAGAGGAAAUUCCCCAAAUUGUUUACUUUGGAUUCGACGAUGGUGCGAAGGUUGCAGACGAAGCUUACUACAACAGAUUAUUUGGAGAAGACCGUAAAAAUCCUAAUGGUUGUCCGAUAAGUAUGACACUGUAUGCUUCUGGGGACAACACGGAUUAUACCGAACUGAAUCACUAUUCUGACAGAGGGUUUGAGAUUGCGAUUCACAGUAUAAGUCAUACUGUUAUUGACACUGGUGAGAAGAUCCAGAUAGAAGCUCUUGGACAAAGAGAGAACAUCAUCAACUUUUCAAAUAUAACAAAAGACAAGAUCCAUGGAUGGCGGAGUCCCUACCUACAGACAGCAGGUGAUGUGCAGAUAGAGGUGUUACAAAAUAACAACUUUACCUAUGACGUGUCUUUCCCUUAUACAAGAAAAAAAAUGACAGAUUUAAAUCCAUGGCCUUUUACAUUGGAUUAUGGAUGGACAUUGCCUUGUGAAAUACAACCGUGUCCGACCGAGAAACAUCCGGGCUUUUGGGCAGUACCUGUGAACGCCAUGAGAGAUUAUGGUGACUGGGGAGCUUGUGGGUUCCUGGAUUCCUGUGUAAAUAAACCACUAACUGUAAAUCAAACAUAUACAUACAUAAUGGAUAAUUUCCGUAGUCAUUACCAUGGCAAUAGAGCUCCAUUUGGUAUUCACAUGCACGCGACAUGGUUCACAAAGCCCGAACACAUAGAGGCGAUGGACCGUGCAAUUCAGGAUUUUCUAGGGUACGAUGAUGUUUUUAUUGUAAAUAUCAACCAAACAGUUGAGUGGAUGAAAAGACCAACAGAGCUGAAGUUUAUAAACCGUUUCAAAGCCUGGUCUUGUUCUCCACAAGCUGACAGUAUUAUAACCUUCCGCUUUAUACUCAUAUUCAUACUGGUUGUUUGUGGGGUUGGGUUUUACGUUAAAUUGAUGUCUUCAGUUUUUGGUUGA